AUGAAGAUUUAAAAAAAUAAAAUCUUAUCAAUAUAUCUUUUCAUAAAUCUAAUUUAUUAAACUAACUAAUAAUAAAAUAUCAUUUAAUCUGAUAAGGUAUUUAUAAAAUUUGAAUAAUAAGUAUGGGAGAGUUCUUCAAUAGGAUCAGGUCAAUCUAAAAAUUUUGAUUUUGACUUUUCUACUGCCAAAUUUAAGAAUAACCCUAGAAUUGUUUAUGCUUUGACUAUAUAUAAUUCCGAUCAUAGUAGCUAAUAAGGUUUUAAGCUAUAAACUAAUUCUAUUACAUAAACAAAAUUAAAUUAUGAAUUAAAAUCUUUAGGAUGCGAAUUAUUUUAAUUACAUUUUAACAUUCUUGCAUUUGAUGAUCCAAAUAUUGAUGUAUAAUAAAAAGAACUAUCUUCGGGAGAAAAUAUAACUAUUACUGGAACAUAAGAUAUUGAAUAAAUUGCUGCUUUUAUUUAUGGCUUUAAAGGAAGUAGUGGUAAUAAUUUGAAAUUAAAGUAUACUUUAACAAAAGUUGAUAGCAAAAACUAUAAAAUUUCUUUUAAUAAUUUAAAUAUUUAAAAGGUUAAUCUAAAUUUUGUUAUUAUUUACAAAAACUUAUCUUAAGAAGGUAUUUUCUAAUAAUUAUAUUCUUACGAUAUGAACUUUGAUACUUAAGGCAAGAUUCUUGGCGGAGAUAAUUAAAUUCCAUGGUAAACACCUACAUUUAUCAACUCUUCUCCAAUUUUUUUUGGGUUGAAAGAUUUUGAUAUUUCUUCUGGAUGUAAAGGAAUAAUGUGUUCUGACGCAUUUGGCAUAAAAAUUUAGUCAGGAUAAACUCCUGAGGCACAAAAUAAAACAGUAAAAUUAAAUUAUUUUACUUGGGAUGGCUAUAAAGUGAAUUUAAUAAAUGGUGUAUGGAUGGGUUUUGCUCUGACUACAUGCUAAGCAAGAUAUACGAUGUUUUUAAACUCUACUUAUAAUAGCUGUGUUUAAUCUUGUAAUAGUGUGGAUCAUCACUACAAUACUAAUCCUUUAAAUAUUAUAACUUUGUAUUCAGCAACUCUAGUUAUAUGCUAAUAAUGCGAUGAAAAUUGUUAUGGAUGUAUUGAUGGUUCUCCAAAACAUUGUACAGACUGCUACAAUAAUUAAUAUUUGAACCCUAACACAAAUACUUGUGAGAAAGCAUAACCUAGUAGUACAUACUGCUCAACUUAAUCUGUUAGUGGAUAAACAUAUUUAAAUUGCUAAAAAUGUGAUCCAACAUGCAAAGAAUGCAGUGCUCCAAAUAACUCAAAAUCUUGCACUUCAUGUAAUUCAAACUCAUCAAAUAAAUAUUUUUAUUAAAAUUAAUGUUUGGUUUGGCAGCCUCCUUCAACAUAUUGUGAUAGUAAUUUGAAUUGUUAUGAUUGUGAUUCUAACUGUGAAUCUUGCUUAAAUUUUAGUUACAACUGUUAAAGCUGUAAAUCAAGUAGUUUUUAGUAUCAAAAUACAUGCUUGGCAUAAAUUUGUACAUAAUAAAAUUAGUAUUAUAAUCCUUUUACUAAUUCUUGUUAAGCAACUUAACCUUCAAAAACUUUUUGUUCUGAAAUAAAUUUGUAAGGUUAAACAUUUUUUUAUUGCUAGAAAUGUGAUCUCACUUGCGAAAAAUGUAGUGCACCUAAUAGUGCUAGCUAAUGCACUUCUUGUGAUAUAACUUCUGGAAAUAAAUACUUUUAUAAUAAUCAAUGCUUAGAGUAAUAACCUGAAUCAACUUACUGCGAUGAUAAUUUGAUAUGUUAAAAAUGUGAUUUAAAUUGCUCUUCGUGUUCUAUGUCUAGUAGUAAUUGCCACAGUUGUAUAACAAACAAAUAUUUAUAUGUUAACUAAUGCUUAGAUGUAGUAUGUGACAAUAAUUAAUAUUUAAAUAGCAUAACAAAGUCAUGUAGCUAAACUAAGCCUUCUGGUACAUAUUGUAUUCCUGUUACUUAAAAUGGAAAUAAUUUUGAAUUUUGCUAAAAAUGUGACCCUAAUUGUUUGGAAUGUAAUCCGCCUGGCGAUUAAAAAUCAUGUAUUUCUUGUGACAUAAGAAAUUAAAAUAAAUACUAUUAUAAAAACUAAUGCAUAAAUUCUUAGCCGGCUUCAACUUUUUGUGAUGAAAAAUUUUAAUGUUUUGAUUGCGAUUAAAACUGUGUUUCUUGUUCUAAUAAUAGUAAAAACUGUUAAAGCUGUAAAAGCAAUAUCUACUUCUACGAGAAUAAAUGUUUAGAAAGCCCUCUAUCUGGAACAUAUUGCACAGGCUAUAGUAAUUGCAGUAAAUGUGAUGCAUAAUGUAAGACUUGUGAGUAGACUUCUAAUAAUUGCACAAGUUGUCAAGAUUAGUAUUAUUUAUAUAAAAAUUCUUGCUAAUCUCAAAAACCUUAAGGGGUUUUUUGUGAAUUAAAUUAAAAUUACUAUGUUUGUUCAGCUUGUGCUAAUCUUAAUUGCUAAGAAUGCUUAAAAGCUGAGCCUUCUAAAUGUAUUUCUUGCCCAUAAAAUUAUUACUUUUAUAAAGAUGAUUGUUUUCAAAAGUAAAUUGACUCAAAAUAUUGUGAAGAUAAUAAAUGUUAUGAUUGUGAUCCUUCAUGCAGUUCAUGCAAUGAACCAUCUAAUAAUAACUGUACUUAUUGCAAGUCUCUUUUAAAUAGAAGCAUAGUCGGUAAUAUAUGCGCAUGCAAUGAAGGAUAUUAUGAAGAUAGUUCAAAGAUUUGCUAAAAAUGUUUUCCAUCAUGCCUAACAUGCAAUGGACCGUUAAGCACACAAUGUUUAAGCUGUAAAAAUUACAUAUACUAAAACACUUGCUAUGACACUCCUCCUCCUGGUACUUAUUGUGAUUCUACAACAAAAUAAUAAAAAUGCAUUGCAUGUAUCCAGCCGAAUUGCUCUUAAUGUAAUAAAAAUGGUUGUAUCAAUUGCUAAAGUGGAUUUAGAAUUAAUGAUUUCGGAGAAUGUGUUUAUUGUGAUAAUAAAAUGUAUGCCAAUUAAGCAGGUAUUUGUAACAUACCAUGCAAGGAAGGUUGUAAAAUAUGCACAUCCUAGGAUAACUGUAUUAAGUUAGAUGAUACCUAUAAAAAUUGUGAUGUAAGUUGCCAAACUUGUACAGGUCCAAGUGCAUCAUAAUGUGCUUCUUGCUCCUCUAAUACUAGAUUAUUCGAUACAACAAAUAAAACUUGUAUGUGUAUUACUAACUUUGAAGAGACUGGAUAGACUGACUGUUAGUAUAUUUACUAGGUCCCAAAAUCUAUUGUGAAUGCAUAAUCAACAAUUGGCGUAGCUCAAUUUUCAAUUUUGGCUAUAACAACACUGACAAAUUCUAUUCCUGGAAUUUCUUACUCUCUUGGUUUGAUGUAAUUAUUAGGAAACUUCUAUAUAAGGCAAGAUUAAACCUAUUAAUCUUAGACAUCAGUAUUAAGCUCAUAUACAAAAUAUAACUUAAAUUCACUUUUUUAGUAGAAAAUAUUAUAUCCAUCUCAUAAUACCAAUCAAAAAGUUCAUAGAGUUUUAGAAUAAAAUUCAACAUUAUCACAAUUAGUUUUAUUUUAAUAAUUUAUCUGGUUGCUUAAGCAUUACACUAAUACCAAAUAAGAACAAAAGAACGUUUUAAGUACAUGA